AUGUAAUAAGUUUGUAGUAACUUUCUUGCAGAUCCAUCCGAUACAAGUUUUGGAUUCUAAAUAAAAUGUAAAAAUUGCUAGUUUACUAGAAAAUAGCAUAUUUAAAGUAAUAUUAGUAUUCUAAUAUAGAUAAUAAUGUUAAGCCUAAAUAAGAUGUAAAUGAAAUUAAGACAAUAACAUCAAAUUCUAAAUUAUAAGACAAAUUAGUUAAUGUAGUUGGAAAUGCUUUCUAAAAUCCUAAAAUGUAAGAGUCUAUGAAAGAACCUUAAAAUUAAUAAAAAGCCGUCACAACCAUAGAAUAAAUUGUUUUUUAGAAAGCAACUAGCAUAAAUGAAAAAUAAAAUGAAAAAAAUGAAACAGAUAUGUCUAUUGAUAAUUAAAUAUAGUUUGAAAGAUAAAAUGUUAGAAUUUACAAUUCAGAUAAAGCUUUAAUAAAUUAGAGUCCAAAAAAUUAAGAAAAAAAUCAAAAUGAAAAAGUGCUUGAAGAAGAGAAUUAAAAGGGAUUAUCAUAAAAGCCUUCCUUUUAAUAAGAUUCAAAUUUUAAUCAAAAGGUGGAAUAAAUAUAGAAUAAUAAAAAUGAAUUGGAAGAAGUAAAACCUAACAAAUUGUAAUCAAAUCAGUUUAUUAAAUAAGAUUAGAAUACUUCUUAAAAAGUGGAAUAAUAAUCAAAUUCAGAUACCAUAAAAACAAAAAUUACUGAAGUAUAACAACCUAAAAAAUUACAAUCUAAUCCAUUUAUUCAAAAAAAUUAAGAAUAAUAAUAAAAUUAGACAGCUGUUUAAGGAAAUCCAAUUGAAGAAUAAAAAAUAAAAAAGUUAUCAUAAAAUCAAUUUAUGAAAAUAGAUUAAAAUUUUCCUUUAAAAGUUGAAUAAAAAUGUUUUAAUAAUUAAGUAACUACAUUUAAACCUUAAGUUUAAGUAGUAGUAAAUGAUUAAAAAGACCCAUAAUAAACAGAAAAAUAAUAAAAGCAGCAUUAAAUCUAAAAUUAAUAAUAAAUAAAUCCUUAAAAUAAUUUAAAGCUCCCAUAAGAUAAUUCUAAUAGUAACUAAUUAUCAAAUCCUUAAGUAAAAUUUUAAUUUAUUUAAGUCUGUAAAAGAAAAAGCAAAAUCUAUGUAAUUCUUUGGAUUUGGAGUACCUCCACCAAAUAAACCACCUUAAGAUCCAUAUUAAGAGAAACCUUAAAUACAAUUUUUAUUAGAUAGACCUAUAUUACUCUAAAAAAAACAUAAUAGAAGUUAAUAAAAUUUUUAGGAUACAUAAAAUUGA